AUUCCACAUGUGCGUAGUGCGUUGUGAUGUGUCGUUGAAUUCCCCUCCUCCGUCAAAACAAAUAAAGUGAGAAAAAUUCCACUUUCUCUCUUAAUCAAGCAAUCAACUACUCAUUCAGUUAUAACCAAAUCUCCAGCACUAGAGAGAAAAUUGCCAAACUAAUUAGGGUUCGUAUCAUCUUCCAAAAUCCCUAAAUUCAACCUUCUCAAAUCAAUCCUCCAUUGAAAAACCUUUAAUUGACCUAAAUUAAUGUCGUCCCUUUCACUAUCCCCAGCUCUCGAAAUCCCAAUUUCAUCGGAAUCAUCAAAUUCUUCUGCCCAAAUCGCAGAAACUAUCAGUGUCAAAGCAAAUGAUCAUCGAAGUUACAGCUGGUUAUUGGAUUGUCAUGGAUUUUGGCACAAUAUUUUCCUAAUAUUACCUUCUGCUUUGUUCCUUUUUUACUUGGCUUUUCAAGCGAAGAAGAGUUACAGAAAACUUUGGGUUGGAAGGUCGCACAUUAUUAACUCUUAUUAUGGGAUUGUUUGGCUUGUUAGUCUCCUUAAUUUCACUUGGUGUUGUCUUCAGACUUGGGAGUGUACUCCAGGAAAGACGCUAGCCUGGAACCUUCUAUCUCUAUUCACUACUUCAGGGUUGCUGUUUCUGGAAGUGAGUUUGAUCGCUUUUCUUCUUCAAGGAAACUACACAAGUGGGACAGAAGCUUUAACUCGUACUUUUGCUAUAUCUGCAAUGCUAGUUGGUUUGGACGUCUUUCUUAAGGGAAUAUAUGUGUUUGCAUUUGGAGUCCCAUUAUUCAUUGAGAAUGGUGAUGCUCAUCGAAUGAAGUGGGGCUUGUGGAUUGUGCACAAGCUAGUGCUGACUUCAGUGUAUGGCCUCAUACUUUUCAUGUACCAUUCCAGCUGGAGAGAGAGGUUGCCAGCAAGACCUGCAUAUCACAAGUACAUCACCAUCAUGUGCGGCGUAAAUGCACUGGCGCUUUUAGCUUGUAUUCUCAGUGGAAGUGGUUUUGGGUUCUGGUUGCACGACACCCUAACUAUAUGCUACCAUGGAUUUUACCUUCCUCUCAUAUAUGUGACAUUUUUAGCAGAUUUCUUUCAGGAGGAAGACUUGAACUUGGAGAAUGUAUACUACUCAGAGAUGAAAGAUGCUGGAUUCUUUGAUGCUGAUUGGGACUAAAUAUGACUGUAAACAUUUCCUAUCUGUUUGCUGAUUGUAAAUAUAAUUUCUCAUGUCUGUAAGUAUAAACAAAUAUUUGAAUUGCCAUGUAGAACAACUCUUGGUUUUUUGUAAUUGUUAAAAGACUUAGUCUAGUGAAAAUGAUAGGGGCCUCCGCUGUCUUUUAACUC